UGAGACCUGUUGAGCCCGGGGACGCGGAUAGUGGGCGCGCACGCACGGGCUCCCACCUGAGCUCCCAUCUUUCAUGUGACACUGAGGACAUGCUGUCACGGAUCUCCCUCAUCCCGGGGCUGAGCCGCUGCUAUGGGCUCCGAGGGGAAUGCAUGGCCGAGCUGAGCCGCUGUUAUUCAUCUGAUUCCAGUGAGAGCAGCUGGCUUCGGUCUCUCUUUGUACGGAAGGUUGAUCCACGGAAAGAUGCUCAUUCAACUUUGCUGUCUAAAAGGGAGACCAGUGGCCUCUACAAAAUUCAAUUUCAUAAUGUAAAGCCAGAAUGCUUGGACUCUUAUAACAAACUGACAGAGGAAGUACUUCCCAAACUGCACCAUGACCCAGAUUACCCAUGUGAUUUGGUGGGUAAUUGGAAUACGUGGUAUGGGGAACAGGACCAAGCAGUUCAUCUGUGGCGAUUCUCUGGGGGAUAUCCUGCUCUCAUGGACUGUAUGAAUAAGUUGAAAAAUAGCAAGGAAUAUCUGGCUUUCCGUGAGGAGCGUAGUCGCAUGCUGCUUUCCCGUAGAAACCAAUUACUUCUGGAGUUUAGUUUUUGGAAUGAGCCAACACCUCGUGAGGGUCCGAACAUCUAUGAAUUGCGAACAUAUAGAUUAAAGCCAGGAACAAUGAUUGAAUGGGGGAAUAACUGGGCUCGUGCUAUCAAGCACCGCCAGGAGAAUCGAGAAGCUGUAGGAGGAUUUUUUUCUCAGAUUGGAGAGCUAUAUGUAGUGCAUCACCUUUGGGCUUACAAAGAUCUACAGUCCAGAGAAGAAACUAGGAAAGCUGCAUGGUCCAAAAGAGGCUGGGAUGAAAAUGUCUAUUAUACAGUACCUCUUGUGCGGAACAUGGAGUCCCGUAUCAUGAUUCCUUUAAAGAUAUCUCCUCUACAAUGAGACAGUUGGCAUCUCUUCAAAGAAAACAUUCCCAUUUUCAUCUGUCCAUAGAUUCUGCUCCUUCACCAGAGAUAUUUACACUCACGAGGAAAGAUCUCAGGUGUAGCAGACUUACACAAAUAGUACUAAAAACCUAAAUUAACCAUUCUUGGGUAUUGUUAUUAUAGUGGCUUGAAUUAAAACUUUAACUGAGUUUUUAUUAAAGUCCACCAUCAAUGAGAUUUGCCACUAGAAGUCCAAAGAGUUAGAAUUCGCAAUUGGACCAAGGUGUUAUUGGACCUGAUGUGUUAUGCUGAGCUUGAGCUAAUGGCAUCCUAAGAGUCUAUUCACACAUACAGUACUCUGCUCAGAUUUGAAGCUGUGUUCGGUCAUCUAGUUUACAUUGGAAUCUGCAGCAGAAAAUCCUGCGCAUCAAAUAUGCACAGGAUACUGUAGGUUUGAAUAGACCAUAAAUUAAUAUAGACUUAAACUUUAAGUAUCUCAAAGUAGUUUAGAAUACACCAGGCAGUGUAUUAGUAAUUUUUACUCAGGGAAACAUUAAAGUUGUGUUUAUUGCUGAUAUAAUUGGAUACUAUUAAAACAAAAGCAUGAUGUCUUUUUAUGGUCAUUGCUGCCAUUUCUGCUAAAAUGUAAAUACAGUAAAUCUCGGUGGAGUAUACGUGUUGUCUGUUGGUAUGGUCUCUGUUCUAAAACUUUUUGUCCUUUAUUAAACCAAUAAUACUUAUG